GAUACAUAGACAAUAGGAAAUAUAAUUUUAAAAAUGACAAAAAUAAAGAAGACAAAACCAUAAAAAUGAAAUACAUUUUAUAAUGCCAGGGGUUAUGUUAAUUGCAUAAUAUUAUAAUAAUUUAAUAACUUAAAGGUCUCUAUAGCCCUUUCGUUUUCAAUAUUACAUAAAAUGUUAUGUUGUGCAGGAGUGUUGGUUUGGCUCUUGGCAUUUUUUCCAAAGAUUAAAAAAAAUAGCUGUGAUAUACAACAUGCAACCAAACAAUCCUCCUCCGUUUCUAGGAAAAGGUCUCAGACAUUAGUUUCACACAAUAAGGUAGUGUUUGUAUAGUGAUUUAAAUAUAACAGAACAUGUACAAUUAAGAUGCAUUUAAAGGCUUGAACAAUUAAGUCACAACGUAAAUAAUUAAAGGUAAAUCAUUUUGUAAAUAAAAAAAGGCUGGGAACAUCAUACCAAAAGCUCUUGUUAUUUGAUUUCAUCUAUUUAAAAAGGUCGGACGUCAGACUACGGGUGUGAGCGCUGCGUGAGCGUUCGCGACCUGUACGUAAACCACCGCGUUCUCUCUGACGUCAACGCCGUCUGAUCAUCCGAAAUCCCUGAUAACGCGGUGCGCGCUCCCGCUAGGCUCUGAAUGGGGGGCUCAGUCCAGCUUCUGACAGCGAGUCCAGUAGUGUAACCGGAGACUCCGCCGACGGUCCACUCCCACCCCAGUCAGGUCCGCUGCUUUCAGUCUUACCGGUAGUUCAGCGACACUCCGGUAGUAGGCUACACAUUCAUUCAGGAAUGAGAGAUGAUGGCCAGCUCUACAGCAGAGGAGAAAACCUUCCGACGGUUCCUGGAGCUCUUUCUUCGGGAGAUGAGAAUGCCUCUGCAGGAGAGCGACCCGCCGCCGAUGCGCCCCUUGUCGGACCUGGUGACAGAGGACGAAGUGGAGGGGGAAUGCCUCGACUUGUGUCUCCAGCACCUCUACAAAUAUAACUGUCCAUGCUCCCUGGCUGCAGCCCUGGCCAGAGCCACAGCAGACAGCCUCCUGCAGACUGACCUCACCAUCCACCACCUCAACAAGACUGUGGAAGAUGGAGCUGACCCAUUACCACAGAUGGAGUCUGUGAAGCUGGCCUGGCUGGUGUUUAACAGACUCUUUGAGAUGUGCUGCCUCUGGCUGAAGGAGCUGCCUUUCCGCCGCCGUCCACAGCCAUACUACGAAACCUCCAUCCACGCCAUCAAGAACAUGAGGCGCAAGAUGGAGGACAAGCACGUCAUUAUCCCCGACUUCAACACACUCUUCAACAUUCAGGAUCAAGAGGAACAGGCUUACUUUGCUGUGUUUGAUGGUCACGGCGGUGUGGACGCUGCAAUUUACGCUGCCAACCACCUCCACGUCAACUUGGUCCAGCAGGAAUCAUUCAACCAGGACCCGAUCGAGGCUCUCUGCAGAGCCUUCAAAGUCACUGAUGAGCGCUUUGUGAAGAAGGCCUCUCGAGAGCACCUGCGUUGCGGCACAACAGGCGUGGUGACGUUCCUGAGGGGCCGGACGUUGUAUGUGGCCUGGCUGGGAGACUCCCAGGUCAUUCUGGUCAGGAAAGGACAGGUGGUGGAGCUGAUGAAACCACACAAACCAGACAGAGAGGAUGAGAAGCAGAGGAUCGAGGCUCUGGGUGGCUGUGUGAUCUGGUUUGGCACAUGGAGGGUGAACGGCAGUCUGUCUGUAUCCAGAGCAAUAGGCGACUCGGAGCACAAGCCCUACAUCUGUGGUGAUGCAGACCAUGACGUCUUCCCACUGGACGGUUCAGAAGACUACCUGAUUCUGGCCUGUGAUGGUUUCUGGGACACAGUAGGUCCAGAUGAGGCGGUGCGGGUGGUCAGUGACCACCUUGAGGAGAACACCGGAGACACCACCAUGGUAGCCCACAAGCUGGUGGCUUCGGCCCGUGAUGCCGGCUCUAGUGAUAACAUCACUGUCAUAGUGGUCUUCUUGCGGGACCCGCGCUGCCCAGCACCCACCGGCACAGAGGACGAGGAGGAGGGUGUGGUGGAAGGAGAGGCGGGGGAGGAGGAGGAGGUAGCGGAGGUGGAGGAGGAGGAACAGGAAGAGGAAGAGGAGGAGGAGGAGGAAGACGAGGCAGCCAGGGUAGAGCGCGAGGGUGGUGAGGGAGGAAGCACUGCGGACAUCGGGGGGAAGGGUCGCGGAGGCUGGCCCCUGCAACAGUGCUCGGCCCCUGCUGACCUCGCCUACGAAGACCGAACAGACUCGUUCACGGACAGAACUAGCCUCAGCCUGCUGGGGCCGUCGCUGGAGGGCCGCAUCUCCCUGGCCGGGGAGUCCUGCUCCGGCUUUAGCUAUCGAGCAGAACGCCUACCGAGGCGCAGGUCCCGUAUCCCCUUUCAGGAGUCCAGCAUCUCUAGUUUCACGGACCCACUGUGGCCCCAGACAGCCAUGCUGUUAGGCCAGGCAGUGAGGCAAAGCCGCAGGCUCGCUUAUGGUAGUCGCCGGUGGAGCCGCAGAAGGCCCGGUGCAUCCAAGGAGCUGCUAGGCCUGUUACCAUUCGGCCACUCGCUGCCGCACACGCAGCGCCACUCCAACCAGCCCGGAGUGGCAGUGCCUCACCUGCCCCACCAUGCCACCAUCUGAGGAGGUGACCUAAACCAAACCAUCUCCUUCAUUUAAUCAGUUCUGCCCCCACUGCACCCCCCACUCACACACCUACCCACCUCUGCCUUCAACAACACGUGUUUCUUUGAUAGUAGGUAGUUGUGGCUCCUGCAGACGUUACGUGAUUAUUGAAACUCUGUCGGAGGAGUGGUGCUCUCUAUCCUAAGCUGAAAUGUGUCCAAAUGUAUGCCGACUCACUAAACACAAGCCCUGCUCCUUAAUGCUGUAGGUAAAGCGCAAAACUUCAUCCUAUCGAUUACAGCCAUUGAUCAGUCAUCAUGAAGCCAGAGAGCUGGAAAUGCAGGUCAAUAAGAUGUGUUCAGACUGAACGUGAAAUGAAUCUAAGUGGCUACACUGAUGGAAACAAAGUCUGGGAAAGAAUGGUACAGAAAUACAGGAAGUUUACUGUUGUCAGUGCAAAGAACUGGAAGUCUCGUACAGUUCAGUGCACUGGAGUGUAAGUCUGUUUUGGACUUUGACAGCCGUUCAGUCUGAACACACAUGUAAGUUUAAUUUAUAUGCUUGGUCGCUCAAUGCCCUCAACAGCGUCUGUAUAGGGAAACUAUUUGAACGAGAAGAAAAGCAAAAUACGACAAAAUCAGUUGCUCUGGGGUACAUGCAGAAAACAAUGAUCUACCAAUUAUUUAACUAGCACAACAAGAAAGAAAACACACUGCUUGGACAAAACUAUAAUGAAAUCUGAAUAUUACACCUAAAUUUGAUAGCUGAACAUGUCAUUACAAAACCUUGUGGUUUUAUAACAGCCUCCACACUGAGUUUGGAUGAAACCAGAGCUGACAGAUACUGGACUUAUGAGAAGAUUACCGAUAAUUAUACUUGACAUUUAAAAAAAAAUCAAUAAUGAUAUGAUUCUCAGAUUUGUUGUGAAAAAACCUUAUUGUAAAGAAAAAAAUCUUAAUAUGGGUCCCUUAAAAUAAAAAGUUAACAUUUUACAGUGUAAAAAUUAAAAAAAAAAUUCUGUACUGUAAUUUCUUGCUGUGGACAAUAUAUAUGUGCUACUACUCAGAUAUGUUUAUUAGCUGAAAAUAUUGUCCAUGCAAUUAAAUUGGUCAUGUUCCAAUUAAAAAAUAAAUAAAUUAAUGAACCUUCUCAGAACAGAAAACUCUUGCAUAUGAUCUUUUUUUUCUUGAGACAACUGUCGAGAAUGUCGAGCUGCUGAAUAUUCAUUAAACUCUAAUGGCGUAGCUGUAAACCACAGCAAUCCUUUGGCGGCAGACGAAUAAAGUUCAUACAGGAGGCCGUAAUAAUUGCUGCUCCUGGUUUUCUAGGACUGAAGGGCACAUGCUGUUCUUUCCCCCUCCCCAUACAGUCUAUGACCCAGCCAUUAUCCGACCACAAUUUGUCUACAGAUAAAAGCACUUAACACCAGAUUAUAAAAGAUUAGCAAUCACUUACCUGAAUAAAUGCUUUGUGUAGUCCAGUAUUCCAGAUGGGGAUAUACUCCCGAUAUAAUGUUUGCUUUUUGGAGAGUGGAGGUGUAUUUAAAAAUAUAUAAUUUUUGUUAAGGUUGUUGCAAAAUAUUUACUUCUACACAAAACCCACUGAACAGAAGGCUUUUGAAGUGAAAAACCAUUUAAUGUUGAGCCAUGAAAACUGCAGAACAUGUGAUUUACAUAUGUGCUCCUGAAGCCCACUCAUUAUUCUCAUUCAGUAAUUAUUGAAUUCAUGUGUUAAUAUUAAACACUAAGUCUGGCUCUGUGCCCCUUUUAAUAUGAUCUUUGACAUAUUUGGGUGAAUGCGUUAAUUCACUUUCUUGCCAAAAUGUAGAGACUGACACCACUCUCAUGCUGCACUUUAGAUGUGUUCGCAGUGUUCAAACUCUUUAUGUCAAUCAUGAGACAUUAAAAGCCAAUUUUCUGUCGACAUUCAUUGGUUUCAUACAUCACACCAAAUAUGAUAGUUCCUCUUUAAUGCUAAUUCUUGAUCAUAAUUAACUGUAAUAAUCAAAUAACCUAAUACGUAUGUAUAUGGUAAAAUAACAAUGAUUACCAUACCCAGUAAACCUGAUGAGACUGAUCUGUGGAAAGGCUUAAAUAUUACAAAUACAUUAGCAUUACCGUAUCUAAGCAUACUACCAUGAGUUUAAAUAGCUCUACUACAUGCUAUGAAAACUAUUAAAUCCGUCUCUUUCAAAGUACUAACAAAUGUUUUGGUUGCCUCUUAAUGCUGAGUAGUAAGUCACUGUUCCCUAAACCCUGCCCCACUCAAAACUCAUAGUCAUUUUUGAAACAAUGACUCCUCUUCGGCUUCUCAUUUCUGGCUAAAAACUGAUGUUAGCACAUUUUUAUCGCAACUAGCUUAUCAGCAUUAGCUGGCUUACUACUGUUAGCCCCGGGAGUUGAUUUAAAACUCUUGAGUCCAGUUCAUUUUGAGAAGAAAUAACCCAGUAAUUGGGUGUUGAAUUGUCAGCUACAUAUUGUAUGUGAAAUAAUGCUAAUAGACUGUGGUUAAAGCUACAUGUGGCCGGGAAAAGGUUAGCAUCUGCAGCAGCUAAUAAUCCAUCUAAAAGUAAACAAGCAGCAGCGUUUUUGGACUGUUAUUGUAGUUAUCCCCAACAUAACAGACACUAAGGUAUGAUCAGGGAAUACAAGAUUUGAGAAUCAUUUUGCUCAUUUUUGAUCACUGUUAGCAUUUUUGGAUGAUUAGCUUGCGGAAAAACUUGCUCUUUGGGCUUGAGUACUAACACAACUUGUCUGGCAAAUGUAACGCUAUCUCAGGAUAAGAUUGGUCUGGGUUUGCUUGAGUGUAAACCUCCACAUAUCAAUGCAGAGCUACUAACGUUAUGCUGAGCUAUAGUAGCAUCCAGUACCAGUGGGUAAAUACUUUCCUGUAGUACUAAGUCUAGUUAGCUAGUGAUAUUCUGCUUGGCUCGAAGUAAGUUAGUGUUAAUAAGCUAGAUAGCUGGACAUGCUAAUGUCUGCAGCUUAUGUUACAUUCCGUUAUCUUUUAUUUCAGGGGGUUGGGAAAGGCUUGUUUUUAAAAAAAAUUGGUGCGAUGCCUGAAAUAAGGUCCGUGCUUAACACAAAUUAAAGAAGCUUUCAUGUUUUGUUCUACAACAUCAGUAAAUACAACUUGCAAAUUUUAAAGUGUGUCUACAGAAGUUGUCCAGGAUGUGAAGUAUGGAGAAAUCCAUAGUUUGACAGACCUGCCAUGCCUGGUUACGGUUGCAAUGUAAGCUACGAUUGGACAAGCGCUGUUUGGGAAUGGGGUUUACAGAAGAGUAACUUUGGACACAUUCAUUAUUUCCGAACAUUCACUUACAUUGUCAUUCCCCAAUUCCUUGGUUGACGCAGUGAAUUUCCAACAACCAGGUUCUGUAAAUCGUGCCUCCACCUUCCUCGCGCCAUCAUACGCAGUGUAAUAUUGAAAAACAUGAUUCACCAGACAAACAGGUAUGUGCUUGAGGGCCAUCACCUCCCCCAAUCAGUCUCACUGGUCCUGUAAGCCAUCCUGUGGACUGACUAGUGAAAGCAUCAGUGGAGCAGAAUGUACCUCGUGUGUCCCAGAAUGUCCUCAAAGACUCAGUGAAGUGCAUCCACAUGAGGUGGUGUUUUUUGGAUCUAUCUUCCCAAAAGCAUGUUAGCUAUGAGGAAUGUACUGUCAAGACACACAACAAACUAAAGCCACUGGAUCCCUUGUGUGGAAGAAGGUCAUAAAACGAUGGAAAUCAGUCAUUUGAAAUCUUCACUUAGGCACGGAUGUGUUUGUAUAUUAUGAGUACUAAUUGUAAGUGGAGUGAGUGCUGGAGGAGUGUACAUAUAAUAAUUCUGUCUUGUAAAUCAGUGGUUUUACUCCAUGCUCCACAAGGCCCGACAGAUGGGUCAGAUGUUGGAUUUGGAGGUGGAGGUGGAGUUGAGGAUGUGAUGUGACUGAAGAGAGGGGCAUCGGUCUCUAAACAUUGCCGCUGCCUUUAAGAGCUGCUUGAAAGGUACUGAAUCAGUCUGGCUUUGACUGGAAGAGUUGUAGUGUACUAUCAUGGCCUAGCUGCUGUUCCCUGCUUUUCUACCCUGACAUGAUAAAAAUAUGUGGAAAAAACAUUCAUAAAGAUGUGAAUUAUCGGUUUUAAAAUACUCCAUCUCCAAUCUGCAGCUUUGAUCUAAACAUUUUUAUCAGCCUUAAAAAAAACAAAAAACAUCUUGCCAAUCAAAUUGUAGUUUGUAGGUUUUCAUUCCAGCUGCGCAGGUGUUAGAUGAUUGGCAUGGUGUCGAUUAGAGAUGAGGAACACAUGAGUGAACUGAGCUGCUGUGGUGUUAAAGUAGAGUUUCACUUAGAGCCACUGUGUUGUAACAGAUUAGAUCUCUUACACAAAUCACACGGAGCAAUAAAAUCUGAAGAAGCAGAGCUGCCACAGUGAAAGAAUUUGUCUCAGGAUCUUGUUAUAAUGACAAAGUUUAAUCUCUGUAAACAGAUAUCUGCAUUUGAAUGUAGAAUCUGAAGGCAAUAGGAUCAGGAGCGUCCUGGUUUCCGUUCAUAGUCUGUUUGAAGUCCAUGUAGCAUUGACCGAUCACGUUUCAGGGGGCUUUGGUUGUAGGCAGAUAAACAAUCCAGUUCGAUGUGGAACACAUAGGCCGAAAGGCAGUCUCAAGACCCAUUGGCUAUUGGUCUGAUGACGAUUUGUGUCUCAACUCCAACUUUGUUUCAUGUUGCUAAACGGGCCAUUAACAAUGACCAAGAAGUCUUGGACCCAAAAUCUGCUGGCUACACCAGAGUAUAAAACCCCCAUUAGACCGAUUGCUGAAGGGUUCAGAGAUUGAAGGAGAAUGGUUGACACCAACACCCUGCUGCUGGAGGGCUACACAGUUUUGCUGGGCCAUGUUGGAGGGAAAGUAGGCAUGGGAAGAACCAGAACUGAGCGGCACAGGCUGUCAGAUCCUGCUGUAGUAUGGUCCAAAUGGAUGAAGUUAUUACAAUUCAUCCUGAGAGGAGCAGGAAUUUGUGUGCCAAAUUCCACCCAAUUUCACUCAAAACUACAAAUGUUAGCCUCAUGGUGGCGCUAGAGUUAAACUCAUGCAAUCACUAGAUACAUUAGGAUUCAUCCUCUGGGGAACAUGCGUAUCUGUUCCAAAUUGCAUGACAAUCUAUCCAAUAGAUGUCAAGAUAUUUCAGUUGGGACCAAAGUGAAGGACUGACUGACACCCCCAUCACUUAAAAUAUCUUUGGGGACUUCAAACUUCUCUCAUUAUUACAAGAUUUGAUUUCCUCUUACAGAGAGAUGCUUUGUCAUUAUAACAAGAUGCUUGGUCUUUUGUCACAGAAGUGUUAUUUGUAAAUGGCGGCAGUUCAUUGAACCAUGUCACACACCAGGUAGUUUUCUCUCCCCUGUGAUUCACUGAUGUAGUUUCACAGCAGGUCUUUAGUGUUGAUGUGAAUAGCUCUCUGUCUGCGAUCUGGAGGGAAAAGACGCACCACGACAGUGACGAGGAUCCAUGGGUUGCAUUCAUAUAAACCUUCAGUUAUACAGUGUUACUCAUUAUAUUGCAAACUGCCAGAAGUUGUCACUGUAUGAGCAAUAAAAAUAUCACUCCUUGUGGUAAAUCCUCUGCCUAAGCUCACACUUCCUCCCUCACUAACGCUCUGCUUGCACUAAAGGUUCCUCUGACGUUCUCCUCCCCUGAUGAUGAAUAAAGCAAGCUCUCCCAUAAUCACUGUCUUAACUAUAGAGGGCCCCUCCAUGAAUCUGCACUGUGUGUCUGUGUACACACACGCACACACAAAAAAGCUUUUUCUUUUUUCUCUGUAAGCAAUAAUGACGUUGCAUUAAAAGGCUCUCUGAGGGUUUGUCUUCUGCUGAGGGAGGCAGCAAAAAAUAUAGUUGUCAGCCCGAACAUGAAAGGUCACAGAAAUGCUGAAACUCCUGAAGUCCAUUUCUCAUUCAUUUUCCCCCCAUAGAGAGUAAGAUUAUGAGUCAUAAUCUGCUCGCUCUUGUAAGGUCCACUAAACACACCUCCUGUAGGAAGGGCUGCCGGCUCGAGGUCAAACUAAAUGAUCUUCAUGUUCGUGGAAAAUGAAUGUGAAGCUUUCUUCUUCAUGAUAAAGGAGUCAGGAUGAUUAGAGACUGGCUGGACUUCUUGGACCUGUUCAAAUAUUUGCUAAAGAUGCUAAUGAAGGCAGGGGACACAUAAGAUCACUGAGGGAUGUGAUUGGUCCUUCUUCUUCUUGUCCUCCAAGCUUGAAGACAAACCCCACGAUUGGCUCUUCUUCAACAUGCAGGUUAGGUUAAAAACAAACAAAAAAAAAGUAAAACACGCGUUGAGUACCUGUAUUCUGUGUUCCUGUAGUAUAUAAAAUAUGUGUACUGUAACUGGUGACUAAUUAUCAUGUAUAUAAAGAUUAGAACAAG